GGUUCCACAAUAGAUAAGAGGAGACGUGAGAAGAAGAUAUCAUACAAAAUCAGAAACCCUAAUUUCAGAAAGGGGGAAAAGUUCACUGAAAUUUGAGAGAGAGAGCCAGUGAUGGCUCACGGUGAUUACAACAAGCGGCGCGUGAGGGUCAACCCGGCAAGCCGCCGAUCCAACUCCAAGCCUCUCGGCGGCGUUGCCAAGAAGCACAAACCCCCCGUCUCCCUCAAAAACCAGAUUCGAUCUGCAGAGCGCAUCCUCAGAAAGCAGAACUUGCCACCUGAGGUGAGAGAAGCACAGGAACAGAAGCUGGAAGGACUGAAGAAGCAGCAAGAGAUUCACACUCGCCUUGCCGCCGAACGCCAGAUAUUUCUCCGCGACCGCAAGAUCAAGUUCUUCGAGAGGAGGAAGAUUGAGAGGAGAAUCAGACGCCUUGAGAAGCUUCAGCGUGCUUCUUCUUCUCCUUCUUCCGCGCAAUCUCAUUCUCAACAGCUUUCUGCACUGAAACAGGAUCUUCAAUAUGUUAUGUACUUUCCCAAGACUGAGAAAUAUGUACCGCUGUUUGUGGGCGGCGAUGAUACGGAGAUAGUUGACAAGAGAAACGGGCUGCGCAAACAGAUUGAAGAUAGGUUAAGUGCAGCUGCUGCAAGUGGCAAGGAUUUAGAAGAGACUGGCAGUGAGGAUGAUGGCCUUUUGGAUUUGAGUGAGGAUGAUUUUUUUCUUGCUGGAAGUUCUAGUGAUGAAGCAGAUGCGGAUGAUGAAUGGACAGACAAAAGCACGAGAGAGCAGGCUUCUAGUGCUUCUGGGAAAGCUGUCUCUGGUAUGUCAAGUGAUGAAAAAAACCAGAGACAGAUUUCUGCUAGAGCUUUGAUGCCGCCUCCUCGCCCUUCAAACAAGUUGUCAAGGUUUGGGUCAUCUUCAGGCCAAAAUUCAUCUAUACGGAGACCUGAGAAUUCCACAUCCAGAAACACAUCAAACAGCAGAAGCAGUUCAGACUUCAAAGCAAGGGGACCCUCAAGAUCAGUGACAGGUCAUGGUAGUAGUCUAAGCUCCAACUCUGACGCUCACAAGCCUAAGAGGAAGAGAAGACCUAAGAAGAAAAAGAACUAGGAAGUUGAAGCAGGCAGGAAGAUGUGAGAUUGAGAAGCUAUUGUGAAACUGAGAGAAUCAUGAUCAAUUGAGAAGCUAUUGGGCGGGUUCUACUGCUUUAGUUCUACUGUGGAUACUCAUAAAAUAAAAUAAAUAUUAAGCAAAAGAGGAUGAUAAAAUAUGCACUGUAACUUGCUUGUGUUAUAUACAUGCGGUCUCUAAGCGAAUGAUUUGUGUCGUAGCAGCACUUAUGAAUGGUUUCCUUGUUCUUCGAUUGCAUCUAAUAUUUGCUAUCCUCUUUCUACUUCCUGCCUCUAAUUGUAAUGUAUAUUAU